UCGAACGCAAGUGCUUAUUGUGCGCAAUAUAAGAUCUAGUUGGAAAUAAGUAUAACUUAACGGUCGUAAGUGCCAACGACGCCCGCACAUAAUACGAAAUAUUGCAAAACGAAAAUUGGCCAGCUGCUUGGCCGCAGCUAUUGUGCAUGUGUGUGUAAACAAUUGUGGACAGUGAUUUUGGGCGCAAAUGAUAAGGCUGCUAAUUAUAAAAGAACUUUUAAAAUAUGACUAAUGCACACGAAAUUUAAGCGACUCGAUGCCAAAAGUGCUUGUAUAACGUAUAAAAAGGCUUAAAAAGCUCUUAGGAAAUAUGCCAGAUUUCCAAUAAGAAUUGCAAUACAUAAGCAAAAAGAAAAUAAAUAAAUAAAAAAAGUUUAAGUGCUCCUGUUGUGAAGAUAGAUUGUAUUGCAAGAUACUGCAAUAAUGUGUUGAGUGUGCAUUAAAUUGUUGCAAGAUUAUUUAAAAAUCAAAUCGUCACUACUGCUGUCGAGAAUCGCAUUUUAGCCGCCCGCAAUCCGCCGCCCGCCCGACAGUUGACGUCACAAAAUGGUCUCGUUGAUAAAAAACCAAUUGCUCAAACAUUUGUCCAUCUAUACGAAGAAUCUUUCCUCGGAUAAAAUCAAUUUGAGUACAUUUCGGGGCGAGGGAGAGCUCUCGAAUCUAGAGCUGGAUGAGCGGGUGCUGACGGAGCUGCUGGAGUUGCCAAGUUGGUUACGCUUGACGUCAGCGUGGUGCAAUCACGUCUCCUUUCGCAUUAGUUGGACAAAGCUCAAGAGUGUGCCCAUAACGCUGACACUCGAUGAGGUGCGCAUUACCAUCGAGACCUGUAAUCCCACAACGCGCGAUGCUGGCGGAGGUAAUGCAACCGCCGCAGCGCUGCCACAAGUGCCUCAAGGUAAAUACAGCUUCAUCCACAAGGUCGUCGAUGGCAUCACCAUUGUGGUGAAUACGGUCAAUGUGAACUUUGUCAGUGCCGCCUUCACAGCCUCCGUGCAAAUGUCCCGAAUACGUGUUGAAUCCAAGACACCGAAAUGGGCAAAUGCGGAUUUGCGUUCGACUCGCCUCAAGGAUGGUCACAAGGGCAUUAUAUUGAUAUUCAAAGAGCUCUCCUGGCAAACGGUACGCAUCGAAGCCAGCUCCACUCAGGAUAAAUCGUUGACUCCACUUCGAUUACUUACGAAUCAUGCUCGUUGUCGGAUUACCAUAAGAAAACGUCUGGCGGAUUGCAGUUUAUUGGCCUCACGCUUGGUGCUCAUACUGGAUGAUCUCUUGUGGGUGUUAACGGACUCGCAGUUGAAGGCUGCGCUGCAUUUUGUAGACUCCUUGUCGGGCCUCAUAAAGGCGGCCACACAUGCCACACAAAAAACAAAGGCAGCUCGCAAAUUGCAGACGCUACCGGAGUACCAGGCCCAGGUGGCACAGCAGCAGAAUCGUCUCUCGGAAUCGGUGGCCACGUCGACGGCACAGCGCAUGUUUAAUGCCUUUGAUGUGCGAGAGACUUCGUAUCAUUUCUUCAGUCAACGCAUUGAUUUGCAUUUGUGCGAUGAUGAGGGCGAUGGACGUUCCAGUUAUCCGGAGCUGGACAAAGGGGGAGCAUUACAAGUGUCUGUAACUGCCUUUCAGGUGGAUUAUUAUCCCUAUCAUUUGGCCAAAUCGGAUCGCUCGCAUUGGGCCAAGUACAAGGAGGCGUCUGUGGCGCCUGCAUUGUGGCUUAAGGAAUCGCUGAAUGCCUUUCGCGAGGCUGUACUCAAUCUGAGUCAACCCAAUCGACCCGCUAUGCAUGCGCCGCUGGAACGCAGUGCUCCCGCCUCACCCAUUAUGCUAAAUGCCUCGUUGUUGGGCUCACAAUAUGGCAAUGGUGGACCGGGCUCCAAUGGUAGCAGUACACCUACGGCAGCUGCAGCAGCUAUGGGUGGCGCGGGAUCUGGUACAGCUUCCAUUGGUGGUUCAGGCAAUGCCUCGGCGAGCAGCCAGUUUACACAGGCCGCACAGCAGCGUAACACUCUGGAGAAUCUGGCCAAGCUAAUGAGCUCGUGCGUCAUACUGAGAAUUGAGGAUUUCACACUAUACCGCGUGACAACAUCGGGCAAGAAACAAAUGCCCAAGGAGUUUGUCUCAGGGGACAAGGAUCGUUAUUCGUUUCCCGCCGAGAUGCCAAUUGUGCAUGCUGAAUACACGUAUUUCUAUUAUCCCGGUGACUUUGUCUUUCCACUUCCACCUUCCAAGUUGUUUGUGCAUAUUAAUCCAUUGCAGGUGCACUUUGAUCUCAGCUCGAUAUUGUGGUUAAAUUCGUUUGGCUUAAAUUUACACGAGAGCUUACUCCGCACCAGCGUCGGCUCCCAGGCCACGUUGCAUCAGCAACCGCAACAGUUGCCGCAAAUUGGGCGCGGCUCGAUUGCCUCAAAUGCAUCGAAUGGCUCCAAUGGCACACAGAUGGCCGCUGCGUUGAACGUGGAACAGGAGCCAAAUCUGAUGUACAUGGAUGUCAAGGUGGAGGCCAUUAUGCCGCGCGUGGUCAUGGAAGCGGCGCUGGAUGCGCCAAAUCAAAAGGAUCGCCCCAAAACAAUGCAAAUACAAAUCUCACGAUUUGCGCUCACAAACAUACGGGAAAUGGGAAGUUCACGUGCGGAUUUGGCACAAGCUCUGCAUUCAUUGCAAGAGGGUUCAUUGGUCUUUGGCACCGGCUUUCCAUCGGUCGACGGUGACAUGUGCAUAGUCACGGAUCGCAUAUUGUCGCAUGUUGCCGCCUCGGAUGUGAGCAUGAUGUCGGCGCCAAUGUCGCCAAUGCAGCAGGCACAGAUGCCACGAUCUGCAUCCACGCAGUACCUGUCACGCUAUGCCAUGUGGUCGGAGCCCCGUGAUGUUUGGUGCAUCAAAUUGGAUCCCAUUUGGGUGGAUUUUCUGGGUGCACGCUCAUUGGGUCCAAACAAAUCCAUACCAUUUGUGGAUGCAGUACCCAUUACGCUCUGGCUGCACUCUGGCAACUCAGCACAAUCCCAAGCUCAGCUCGAAUUGGACAGACGUCAGAGUACGGCGAGUUCGCAUAUGGAAAGCAUGGGAUUGGCGCCAUUACAGUCACUGCCGCCCUUGCCACGUAAUCCGUUCCUGAGUGACGAGGAUGUGCGCAUGUUGCAACCACCGGCAAAGGAGGCAGCAGCUCCCACGCCUAGUGAACGCUGUGCCGAUAUGCAUGCUAUAGCGCAUAUAUCCAAUUUAGUUAGCCUACAAAUCGAUCAUUAUCAAUUAUUGUUCCUGUUGCGUCUGGCCGAGGAAUUUAAUGAAAUGUCCACGUUCCUUAAUUUGGACGCGGAACGCAUCUUGCAAAAGCAAAACCAACAAAAGUCCAUAAUAUUUGGGUGUGUUGUGCCCCAGAUCGAGGUGACCCUUGUGAUGCCAUCGCCAACACCUGGUAAGGAAUCAAGUGGUGGUGAUGCUGAAAGUGUCUUACCCGAUUCAGCUAGUUUGGGUGAUGAUUUACACAUGAAUAGCGGCAAUAUAACUUGGCCUACACCACCGCCAUUGGAUCAGCUGAAGAGCAAUACAUUUGGCAGCGUAGAGACGCCAUCGCCAGUGACCAACGAACCGCCCUUUGACAGUGGCAUUCACAUCUCCAAUCCGAAUACACAUGGAUACAAUGUACAAAUCCAGAGCACACCAACAUUGGCUUCCUCAACGCCAAGUCAGGGAUCGCGACUUGACACUGGCAUCUCCAUGCAAUCACAAUCAAUAUCCACUGCCACGAAGAGCGUCAAGAGCACAAUACGAAGCGGAGGAGCAGGCAAUGAUAAUGUUCCCAGCAUAACCAAGGAGAUCAAUUCGGGUAUUCUCUCUAUGAAGAAGGGCUUCUCCAGUUUUAUGACUUCUAUUGACUCGGCGAUUAAGUCGGGAACACCCAAUGAUGACGCCAGUGAUACAUUCUCCGUGCAGAGCGAUAUUAGCUCCGAUUCGGAGAACUUUGCCAUUGUUAUGGGCGAUGAUAAGACCAUGGAUUGCAUGGAUGUUAUGUUCCGUCUAAAUCCUUUUACCAAUGACAACAACAUGAAGGCUUCCCCCGUUGAGGUGGCCAGCGAGGUAUACGAGGAGCCCAGCAGUUAUAAGACUAACAUGUCAUCGCCAUCGGAGCCGUCAGAGGCAAGCACCUGGCGACGACGUGAUUUGGUUUCCAUGGCCACCUUUAGAUUGACCACCGUGGAAGUUAUUCGCCAACAGGAGGGCCCCAAAUCUUCAGUGCGUUUGCAGGUGGCGGCCGUUUCUUGCGAUGAAUGCGGCGCUAUACCUUGGGAUGAGUUGCAGAUCGCGCAUCAAGCGAACAAGACGAAGUUUGGAGCACGCUGUAAGGCUUGGAAUCUGGCGCCCUAUAAUCCGGAGGCGCCGCCCUGCAUAAGACUACGUCUUGAGGAGACACUUAAUAUGCCCAAGGAAAUUGAAGGCAUCAUCGAUCGCAAGCGCAUACAAAGCUGGUUUACACAUCAUGCUGAAAUACGUGUAAAGGACAUUAAUCUAGAUUUAUCCAUGAGCACAGUUAUUGGUCUAGGUGAUCUGGCUGAGGAUGAGAUAAUUUCAGAGCCCAUGCCACUGACGAUAAAUCUUGAAAAUGUGCGCAUUAAUUUGCUGGAAGAUCGUCCGCCCGUUAAUAUUACCUCCCCGGGCCCAGUACCUAUUAAUCUGUGCAUUGGCCGAAUGCAUUUAGAGCGCGACAAAAACGGUCUGCUUCAAAUACAGCCCAUUGAUACAAAUUUAAGAGCUCAACAGCAACAGGCGCAGGGUGGCGCCUUGUUUGGGCCACCUCGUGAGCGAGAUCGUGAGUUGCUUUCCAUGCAGCUGGUCAUGCAGCAAAUGAAGCUGGACAAUGAUCAGCUGCGCAAGCAGCUUGUCGACUCCAAAGUUAAUACAGAUAAUUACAGGCAAAGGACCAAACAAGAAACGGAAGUGUUGCGCUCGUAUUUGAAAGCGGCACAGGAUGACAUAAGCAUAUUGCUAGAGGAGAAGAAAGCCUUGUUGGAUACAAUUAGAUCUUUGCAGAUGCAAAUGACUUCAUCCAAUUUGAGCCGAAAGAAUGAUGGCAAUAGGUAGCAUAACUGCAUGGACUGCAUACAAUGCUGCGGAGAGAAUAAUAAUUCCUAGGCCUGGUAUGCAUCAAACUUGAAAGUUCCCCAAGCCCGGAAAGAGACGUUCUCGACAUUUGUCAUUUCGCUUUUAAUCAUCGUUGUGUUGAGUUUAGCAGAAGACUGAGCCGUACUGUACACGGACACUAUUCACGUUGCCGUUCGUCGUCAUAUACUUACAUACAUAAUUAUACAACUAUAUAUACUAUUCUAUACACUAUAUGUACUAUAUAAUGCAAUACUAUAAAUACAUACGUAUUUGUAUUGAUUUGUAUUAUUUUUAAAAAAGCUAACAAGAAUUGCUACUGUUCCAAAGAAUGAUUUUAAUUGUUUUCUGUUUUAUUGCUUAGACUUUUGAAGCAGCAAUUUUUAAAUAUAUAGCACAUUGUUAAUAAUUAUUUUUAAAAGAUCUAAUCAAAAGAAUAUAUAUAUAUACAUAUUGCUACCUGCAUAUGAAACUAUGUAAUUCGUCAUUGAUAUUACACCCAACUAAAAAACUGUAUAUUCAAUAGAUAUUGAUAACAUAUUGUUGUGAUUCAUGAUCAUAUCAAAUACUGAAUUCCAGUAAAUAUACGUAUGACCUAUUAUUAUUAUUACUA